AGAAAAAUACCAGCCCCCUUUGCAACGUGGGAAACCCCUCCCUUUUGGCCUCCACAACCCCGUUUCAAGUUUUAGCGAUUCCUCCCUCUGGACCUCCCCAAUCCCGUCGCAACUUUCUAAUCUCCUUCGUUUCGGUCACCCCAGCUUUCAGUCUCAGAAGUUCAGGUCCCACAAUUCCUCCGCAGUGAGGAAACGCAAGCCAAACUCACGCCCGAACAAACACCGAAAGGGCAACCCAAGAAGCCUGCGCACUCCUUGGACGCAGCGACACCCCCAGAAGUCUCUGGGGUGUAGCCCGGAGCAAGCUGUGAAGAAUGCCGACGAAUUUCAAACGGUCCAUCCACCGCUUUCCCGGCUCCGAACUACAGUUCCCAGAAGGCUCAACGGUGCGAAUAGUCUUACCUAAACCAAACCAGCCCUCCUCUUCCUGAGCCCGUAUUCUGGGGAUAAUAAGGUGGGUCCGAGAAGCAAUCCCAUUUCAAACACGUCGGAGUGGCCUUCCUUGGAGGCCACUGCCUAAGACUGAACCAGGCUCUGCGUGGCCUCCGGUGCGCGGUUCCAUAAAGGGGAGCAAUCCUUUAAGCAAGCGGGGCUGCAGCUAACCCCUGAGAGAAAGCCUGGCGACCGGGAGCUAUCUUGUUCGCCAUAGGUAAUUUUCUGACUACAUUUCCCAGAGAACUCCUCGGCAUCAUUGUGAUUCUCGCGUGAAUUCAGCCUCAAAGUCACGCGCUGGCGGGACCUUCGGGUCUACACCGGCAACUGUUGCAGCGCUGUGGGGACUUCUGCUGUUCUGGAAGCUUGGAAGGCCUGAGGUGAGGAUCCCCAGGAGAGGGCGGAGCCGGAGGCUCGGCUUUGUACGGCUGGUUUUGCCCUUUUCCAAGAGGAGCCCAGAGGAGGACUGGUCUUUUUCUGCAAAUACCAAAGCCAUGGCUCAGGAGUCAGUGGUGUUCAGUGAUGUGUCCAUAGACUUCUCUCAGGAGGAGUGGGAAUGCCUGAAUGAUGAUCAGAGAGAUUUAUACAGAGAUGUGAUGUUGGAGAAUUACAGCCACCUGGUUUCAAUGGCAGGACAUUCUGUUUCUAAACCAGAUGUGAUCUCCUUCUUGGAGCAGGGGAAAGAGCCCUGGUUGGUUGACAGAGAACUAACAAGAGAGCAGUGGCCAGUCCUGGAAUCAAGAUGUGAGACCAAGAAAUUAUUUCUGAAGAAGGAAAUUUAUGAAAUAGAGUCAGCGCAGUGGGAGAUAAUGGAAAGACUUACAAGACAUGACCUUCAGUGCUCUAGUUUCAGAGAUGAUUGGGAAUGUAAUGGCCAGUUUGAGAAACAACAUGGCUCUCAGGAGGGACACUUCAGUCAACUGAUAUUCACCCAUGAAGGCAUGCCCACUUUCAGUCAGCAUCCAUCCUUUACAUUACAGCAAAUCAUUAAUAAUAAAGAGAAAUAUUGUGCAACUAAGGAAUAUAGGAAAACCUUUAGACAUGACUCACAACUUAGUACACAUCAGAUAAUUCAUACCAUUGAGAAACCCUAUGAAUGUAAGGAAUGUGGAAAGGCCUUUAGACAUCCCUCAAGACUCAGUCAUCAUCAGAAAAUUCAUACUGGCAAGAAACCCUUUGAAUGUAAGGAAUGUGGGAAAACAUUUAUUUGUGGUUCAGACCUUACUCGACAUCACAGAAUUCACACUGGUGAGAAACCCUAUGAAUGUAAGGAAUGUGGAAAGGCCUUUAGUAGUGGCUCAAACUUCACUCGACAUCAGAGAAUUCACACUGGUGAAAAGCCCUAUGAAUGUAAAGAAUGUGGGAAGGCUUUUAGUAGUGGCUCAAACUUUACUCAACAUCAGAGAAUUCAUACGGGGGAGAAACCCUAUGAAUGUAAAGAAUGUGGCAAUGCCUUUAGUCAGAGCUCACAACUUAUUAAACAUCAGAGAAUUCAUACAGGUGAGAAACCCUAUGAAUGUAAGGAAUGUGAAAAGGCUUUUCGUUCUGGUUCAGACCUUACUCGACAUCAGAGAAUUCAUACUGGUGAGAAGCCCUAUGAAUGUAAGAUAUGUGGGAAAGCCUACUCUCAGAGUUCACAACUUAUUAGUCAUCAUAGAAUUCAUAGUGGUGAGAAACCCUAUGAAUAUAGGGAAUGUGGAAAGACCUUUAAUUAUGGCUCACAACUUAUUCAACAUCAAAAUUUGUACUGGUGAUAAACCAUAGAAUAUAUGAAAUCUGUAGGAAGGCUUUUAAUUACAGCUCAAAACUAUUCAACAUUAGAGAAUUUACCUUGAUAAUAAUCCCUUUAAAUAGAAUAAUGUGAAAACAUCUUCUUUGUUGAUUCUAGUUUAUUCAACUUGAGAAAAAUCAUGUAGGAGAAACACCCUAUGAGUAGAAUAUAUUUUGGAAGCCCUUUAAUAAAAGCAUAUAUUUCUUUUGACAUUAGAUAAUUCAAGCUAGCAAAUACUGAAAAUCGUAGCACUUUUGACAUCUUUUUAACCUUAUUUUAAACCUCACAAUUCAUGUGAAAUAUAAUCCUAAUUUUCAUUUCCCCCCUAAUUUGUCAUAGUGCUAUAUCCUUAGUAUUUUAACCCAUCUUAAAUUUAUAAAGUCCAAUUUCUUGACAUCACAGUUUGUAAAACACCUUUAAAACUUGAAAGAAGUGAUCUCUUUAUUCAAAGAUGGCUUAUUCUUUUUGUUAUUUACGAAACUUAGGCUUUCUUCUUGUAAAAACAGUGAUGAAAAACUUAACACAGUAAAUAGAGAUCCUUUCAUUGCUUCCUGGUGUUUCCUUAUGUUGCAAUAUAAGGAUGUGUGGUAUCAUUUUAUCAAAUUCCUAUUGAAAGAAAUUGUAGUUUCCCAGAGUUUUUGCCAUUAUUCACAGUUUCCUGAUGAAAAUUCUCCCUAGGCAUAUCUUUGUAUCAUGUAUUUUAAUUGCAGAAAUAAUGCAUGAACACAUUUUCCUUUUAAAAGAUUUAAACAUUGCAAAUAAGGCAAACAUACGACUACCAUCCUUGUACCCAUUUCCCAUUCUGAAGGAUAGUCAUUAUCUGUUUAGUAUUUAUCCUUCUUAAGCAUUUUUCUAUGUUUUUAUACAUAUUUGUCUCAGUAGAAAUUAUAAAAUGGGGAUAAUUAUAACACCUACCUCAAAAUUUUGUGUGAGGAUCAAAUAAAUUAAGACACAUAAACUGCUUAGAAUUGUGCCUGUCAUAUAAUAAAUACUCACUGAAUGUUGGUCAUUAUUUUAUUCAUUGUUGUCAUUAGUAUUAUUGGUUGCAAAACAACAGUUUCUGCAGAACUUGCUGAACAUCAGGCAGGACAUACAGUUGAAAGAAGACACCACUCAGGGUAAUGAAUUCAGAAAAUUUUCCAUCGUGACUUCUUUCAUAUGGAACAUGAAAUAAUCCUAGGUGUUGGUGGGGAAAGUAAUGUGUGUACCAUGUGCGAAGGACUUCACUCAGACUGGCAUCCUUUUUACUACAUCAUAUAAUACCUAACAUAAAAACAAAUAAAAAUAUAGACAAACCAUUGUGAAACUGAUGGAAAAGUAUGAAAAGACAAACAAUCAUGUUUGAAAAAUGGAUAAAUACACACACAAAGAGAAACCUUAGAGUUACUGAUUUAAAAUGUUAUAUUAGGGGUGCCUGGCUGGCUUAGUGGACCGUGCAACUCUUGGUCUUAGGGUUGUGAGUUCAAGCCCCAAGUUGGGUGUAGAGGUUACUUAAAAUCUUUAAAAAAAACUAAAAAUAAAAGGGGCACCUGGGUGGCUCAGAUGGUUAAGCAUUGCUAGGUCCUGGGAUUGAGCCCCACAUUGGACUCCCAGCUCAGCGGGGAAUCUGCUUCUCCCUCUGGCUCUCCCCCCGCCACUGCUCUCUCUCUGUCUCUCAAAUGAAUGAAUAAAAUCUUUAAAAUUUUUUAAAUAAAUAAUAAAAAUAAAUAAAAUGUUAAAUACAAUGCUUCUUUCUGAUACAUUUGAAAACCUAAAUUAUUUUUUAGGAAAAUAAAAAUUACAGCAUUGUCUCAGAGAACUCUUGGAAGAUUUAUAAAAACACAGAAAAGGGGAACUUUAGUGUGAUAUAGUAACUAUUACUACUAAUGAAGCACCAAACCAAAUUUCAGGCAAAACAUUAUCAACUGGUUUUUUUUUUAGAGAGAGAGAGAUGGGGAGAUGGGCAGAGGGAGAGAGAAAGAAUCUAAAACAGGCUCCACACCCAGUGCAAGCCUGACUUGGGGCGCGAUCUAACAACCCUGAGAUCAUGACCUCAGCUGAAAUGUAGACUUGGACACCUAACCACCAAGUGCCCCUAGACAUCUCGUAACAUACUCAGAUAUAAUCUUGAUGUUAGAACAAUCUUAGGACACCCAAAAAGGAAAGCUAUUUUUUGGUGUCAUCCAUGAAGAUAUAUGCAAGCAUACUAAAGAAACUAGCAAACUAUAGGUACCUAUUAAAAGAAUAAUAGAAAUGAACCUGGUUGUGACAGUAGCUAAAGAGGAUAAUAUCCAGUGCCCAGUUCCAGCUAACGGAUGUGAGGAAACACAGGCCCCAUUUUGCCAGCUCUUCUGAUUUUUUGAGAGAAUCCAGAUAUUUUAUUUAUUUAUUUUGUUAGUGUGUGAUAGCUCUUGAUUUUAAAAAAAAUAUUUAUUUUGAGAGAGCAUGAAUGGGAGGUGGGGGAAGGAGCAGACGAAGAGGGAGAAGCUGGCUCCCUGCUGAGCUAGGAACCUGAUGUGGGGCUUGAUCCCAGGACCCCAGGAUCAUGACCUGAGCCAAAGGCAGACGCUUAACCAACAGAGCCACCCAGGUGGCCCAAUAGCUCUUGAUUUUUAAGUGGUAGUUCAGAUUUUUAUUUAAGGACACCAUGAGGGCCAAAGGAGACAUAGGGACUGCACAAACAGCCCAUGAGUUACUUUUAUUCUGGAGACUAGAGCAGUGAGUUUUUAAUAGUGUAAACUCCUUGGUCCCAAGGAAAUUUAAGGAAAUGAAGGAAUGGUACAAAAUAAGAUAAUUUACCCAGAAUUUCUUAGAUGUGAACAGGUUUAGAUUAAAAUAUUUCCAGGAGUAGGGGCGCCUGGGUGGCUCAGUCAUUAGGUGCCUGCCUUUGGCUCAGGUCAUGAUCCCAGAGUCCUGGGAUCAACAUCGGGCUCCCUGCUCAGUGGGAGGCCUGCUUCAUCCCUCUCCCACUCCCCCUGCUUUUGUUCCCUUUCUUGCUGUGUCUCUCUGUCAAAUAAAUAUAAAAAAUAUAUAUAUUUCCAGGGAUAGAGUAACUAAGCUCCAAAUGUAAGGAUUUUUUUUUAAAGGACUUGAUUCAGCCCCAAUAUUUCCUACAUGUAGUUCUUUAUUCUAAGCAUCAUAUCAAGUUUAAAAAUUGGAUAUAUUUUAUAUGUUGCAUAUCCCAUUGUUGAGAUAUUUUAUAUAUAUAUAUACACACACACAUCUUGAAAAAUAGUUAACCUGUGAAGAGGAAAACUAGCCUGACCAUCACAGUUUUGUACUAGCAACAAAAAUGUCACUGGAAUUAUGUAUUGUGUUCUAGAUGAAAGGUUAGCAGCCUUUCCAUAAAUGGCCAGAUAGUAAAUAUUUUAGCCCUGUGAGCCAUACUAUUUCUGCUGGAACUACUUAACUCUAUCAUUAGAGUGUGGAAGCCUACCAAAAGUCCUAGAUUAAGAAAUCUGAAGUUAAGAAAAUGUCCCACAUCUUAACUUUGUUUAGGUUAGGUUAGUGUUUUGAAAUAGAUCUUUUCUAUGCCUCAAUUUUCAUGCUUAGCAGCAACUUCCUGCAUUGGAUAGAUACCAUUCUUGGAAGGAAAAUCCCAUAUAAUAUCCAAAGUUACAGGUCUAUCCUUCCAUUCCCCACUUCCUUUUUUCUUAGAUCCCAUAUUAGAGGGUUUUGAUUUUUUAAAAACAUUGAGUUAUUUUGUUACAGGCGUAUGCUCGUAAAAUAUUUUAUAACCAAUUUAAGAAAAGUGGAGUGUGGGGGCGCCUGGGUGGCUCAGCCGUUAAGCGUCUACCUUCGGCUCAGGUCAUGAUCCCGGGGUCCCGGGAUCGAGCCCCGCAUCGGGCUCCCUGCUCAGCGGGAAGCCUGCUUCUCCCUCUCCCACUUCCCCUGCUUGUGUUCCCUCUCUCGCUGUGUCUCUCUCUGUCAAAUAAAUAAAAUCUUUAAAAAAAAAAAUUACAGAGAUAAUGCAUUUGCACCCAAACCAAUGAAGCAAUACCAAUAAACAAAAAAAUCUGUCCUCCAUUAUUUCUCACUCCCUUCCCCUCUGUCCAUUUCCUUCUGAGUAAUUUUUGAACCUUGUGUAUAUCCCCCAUAUAUUUCUUUAUACUUAAACAUUAACACAACUAAUUUAUUUUAGUAUAUUUUUACCCAAAAAAUGGAUGAUACCUUAUACAUUUCUCUGUAAUUUGCUUUUUAAAUUCAACUACAUUUUGAAUUUUCCUGG